GGUGGGAUAGUGGACCAGCGGCCAGCCAGUGGGCAAAGCACGGCUGCGCCAUUUGGCAGUGACAAUCAAAGGCAACAAGAAAGCGCAACUCUCCUUAACGUCGGCCUGCUUGUUCUUCCUAGCGUGCUGCUCACUUGCUGAUAAUUUCAAUCCUGUCACUCCUUCAAACUUCAGCCUGAUUCUUCCUUUUCCCUACGUCCCCUCCUUUCUCAGCCUCUGUUAUACCGCGCAUCAGCCCUACCCAAUUCUUGGAUAUCAUCUCUUCACCGCACAACAUCUUGACUCGAGGCCGAGACUCGAGCUGCUUGCCCUUGCCAAUCCGGGGUUAGCCAACGAAAAGGCGCAGCACCGACAAACACCAACACCAAGCAACAAAAGCUCGUCGUCUCCUCUUGCUUGGUUGCAGUUGACCUCGAUCCCCUACCACAAUCAUGCGUCGCCCUGUGCUUCUGUUCCUCAUUCUCAACCUGGCAAUUGUCGGCUUCCUCAUACACUCGGUCUGGACACUAUUAUCGCUCCUCGUAGUUGAUGGCUCGGAAGAUGCAAUCUCUCGCGCAGAGCUGCCUGCUCCUGGCUCAGACUUGAUUGAUGGCCGCCCCCAAUUGAUCCCCAAAAUCAUCCACCAAACAUACAUCAACGAGAGCAUCCCCGAAGUCUGGCAGGAGCCGCAAAAGAGCUGCAUUGAACUGCACAAGGAUUGGGAAUACAAGCUUUGGACCGAUGCUCUGUCACGCGAGUUCAUCGCUACCGAGUACCCUUGGUUCCUCGAGACUUUCGACAACUACGAAUACCCCAUCCAGCGUGCAGACUCGAUCCGUUACUUUGUUCUUGCCCACUUUGGUGGUGUUUACAUUGACAUGGACGAUGGUUGCAACCGCCGUUUGGACCCUCUUCUCUCCUACCCUGCUUGGUUGCGUCGUACUCUGCCCACCGGUAUCUCCAACGAUGCAAUGGGCUCGGUUCCUCGUCACCCCUUCUUCCUCCGAGUUAUCGACGACCUUCCUCGCUACAACCGCAAGUGGGUUCUCCCCUACAUUACAGUCAUGGCUUCCACCGGUCCUCUGUUCUUGAGCAUCAUCUGGCGUCACUGGAGCUCCGAAGGCCUUAACGUUGGCGAUGGCCUAGAUGGUGGCAGAGUCCGCAUCUUGUUCCCCGACGAGUACAACUACCACCCCUGGAGUUUCUUCACCCACCACCUUGGCAACUCGUGGCAUAGCAGCGACGUCAAGCUUAUUUUCUGGAUGCUGAAACAUUGGGUCAUGCUCACUGUCGCCGGCUUCCUGACGGCUGGUGUCGUCUUCGCCAUCUCCUACUACGCCUACAACCGCUUCUUCGUCUCUCAUAGACCCUGGGCCAUGUCUGUCCGAAAGCGCUUCCCAAUGGGCCUCUUCAGACGCCUCAGCAGCGGCAACGUUACCUCAAAGCGACGACAAUCUUAUGAGCUAGUACGACGUGACGAGGAGGACGCCAUGUAAACAUAAACACUCGGCCGUCCCCAGCAUUCUCACACACAACCUUUUUAAUGCAUAUCACAUUUUUUCUCAUUCGUCAGAACUCUUCAUGAGGAGUCCAAUGUCCUGCCAGUUUUACAUUUAGCGACGGCGUUCAAGGUGGAUAGUGGAACUUUUACCACAUGGGUAUUGAAGGGCACAGCUUUAAUUCAUCAACUGUUCAGAGCAUAUGCUUGAAUGGUAUUCGGAAUACAAUUUUUCAACCCA